AUGGGAUUAUUUUUCCAGAUAUUCUCAUCGGCAGCACUGAUAUCGCUAGGACUCUACCAUCUAAUCUGCACAACGCGUAACUACUUGAAAUCUCCACACUCUUACAUCGCCAAACCCUACUACCCUCUCUCUUCUUCAAAUCGCUUCAAAUACCUCCAACUCUACCUCCUAAUCCUCUGCCUCCUCAUCGCCUUAGUUCACCAAACCCUAAUUUCUUCCUACUCCGACCCUCUCCUUAAAGGUAGUACUCCCGUCCACCGCUUCACUUCUCUCCAAUCAGCCGCAGUCCUCUUCCUCUUCCUCAUCCUCUCCCUCUCUCUCCUCCUCUCUGACUCCACUUCCCUCCUUCCUCUCCCUUCAGAUCUCUUCUUCGCUCUCGCCUCCGCCGUCUUCUUCCUCCAAUCCUCCUCCUCCUCGUCUUCCGCAUCUGUCCAGACCUCCGAUCUCCAAUCCAAAUGUGACUCCAUCUCCGCCCAAAUCUCUGGCCUUUCCGCCGUCCUCUGCUUGAUCCUGGCUUGCCAGCCGAGGAUGUUUGUUGCGGAUGUGGGAUUGGGCGGGGCGGUUUGCUUGCAGGGUCUUUGGAUGCUCCAGACCGGGCUUUCGCUUUACGCUGAAGCGUUUAUACCGGAUGGUUGCCAUAAGUUGUUGGAUGUGGUGAGUGGUGUGGAGGGGUCGACAAAAUGCGAUUUGGAGGAUUCUAGGUUGAGAGCGGUGGCUAUUUUGGAUCUGGUUUUUGUGGUUCAUGUUAUGUUUGUGGUGCUUAUUGUUAUGGUUAUUUAUGGUGUUGUUGCUAAGACUUUCGGGGUUGGGGUAAGGAAAUUAGGAGGAUCUUAUGAGGCUUUGCCUACUACUGCUUCUUCUGCUGCUGAUUCUUCUUCUAAUCAUUUUCAAAUGAAGGCUUUGACUGGGACGCAGGCUUGA